AUGAAAUUUCCUCUCCCUCCCUCUUUUCCUUAUAAACUUUCUCGUUUUCUCCGCCGCUCCUUCUCAACUUCAAUCAAUCGACAAGCAUCAUGGGGUUUUAUUGGUUUAGGUCAAAUGGGGUACCCAAUGGCGGAAAACCUCCGAGCUAAGAUACCCGCUGAAGACACCCUGGUGAUUUUCGAUGUCAACCGAAGUUCGACGCAAAGGUUCUGCCAGGAACCAGGCCUUGCUUCUAAAGGUGGUCUUACUGUGGCCAACGAUAUAAAAGAGGUCGUUGAUAAUAGCGACACGAUUAUUACGAUGUUACCUGAGCCUCAGCAUGUCAAGUCCGUUUUCGAUACAAUUCUAUCUUCGGACUUGGCUGGUAGAUCUAAUAGAACGAAGCUUUUCGUUGACUGUUCAACAAUUGACAUUGCGACUUCUCUUAAGGUCGGGAAGGCUGUUCGCGAUUCUUCCUCCUUCUGCGCCGAUUUUGUUGAUGCCCCUGUUUCUGGAGGAGUCGUGGGCGCUCAGGCUGGUACACUGACGUUCAUGGUCGGAUCACAUGCUUCAACUUUCCCAAUUGUAACCCCGUUACUAUCACUUAUGGGAAGUCGCAUUCUGCACUGUGGCCCGCCUGGCUCGGGAUUGGCGGGGAAAUUGUCUAACAACUACCUCCUUGCAAUCAGCAACAUAGCUACCUCUGAGGCCAUGAACCUCGGUAUCAGCUUAGGUCUGGAUAAAAAGAUUUUGAAAGAUUUGAUUAAUGUCUCUUCAGGAAGAUGCUGGAGCAGUGAGGUUAAUAAUCCUGUCGAUACAGCGAUUCGGGGAUUCCAAGGAGGAUUCGGAGUCUCCUUAAUGAAAAAAGAUCUAAAGCUUGCCAUCAAGGCUGCCGAGGAAGUCGGGGCUAGGCUUGAACUAGGAGUGAAAGCGAGAAUGGUUUACGAAAGUGUUGAGAAUGACGAUCAUUGUAGAGGUAAAGAUUUUUCCGUUGUUUACAGGUGGUUGGGGGGGAGAGAAGGAGAAGAAUCCACUUAA